AUAAUCCGAUUGACUGUGAGUUGAUUGUAAAUGCCAAGAUGAUGAAUUCACUCUCGGCUCUCUGGUGUGCCAUUGUUGUCGCCUUUGCGCCCGUCGCGUGCAGCGACGUGCAGUUGUUUGAUUCGGAAAACAGAACACCUGCCCGCCGAAGUCUGCAAAAGACUACGGAAUACACCAUCGCAUUCAAUUCCGUGGCAAAUACAGCCAAUAAUGUAUCGAUUUCCUUCAACCACGGUAUUGGAGACGGUUCACCCACUGGGAAGUUCGAGAUUUUCGUGAAAACUGGAAUCGCGACUACCUCACAAUACAACUUAACUUGCUUUAGUCAAGGUGGCAUACUUUUUUCUGGUACCGGGAUAUCCAGCCAAACGAGCUCGAUCGGGACCUCAAGCUCGACGUUCGAUUUUUCGUUUGACGACAAGGUGAAUGAAACAGACCCGUUUUACUUUGGUGGUGUGAAUACCGAAGUGGAAGGUAACGCGCAGCUCAUCCUCUGUGUCAAGUUUACACUCACGGAAGAUGUGGGCGGCAGCACAAUCGACGUGAACUACCGUGAAGCUGCCAUUGCCAUCGAUCUAACGUUGGAUGGUGUGCUUGAUCCUAAUAGCGCUAUGGCGUUUGUUGUUAGUGCCGCGGAUAUAAUCGUAAAUUCGGAGGGUACGAUUGAUUAUACAGCGAAAGCCGACCUCUGCACCGGUUUUACCGAUACGCCCGUACCCGGAGUGCCCAUUCCCAUUUGUAUCAAGGCUUUAGACUUUCCCUUGUCACGCAUUAUUAGUGUUCAGGACCUCUCCUUCCGGUCGGGAAGCAUCACGCAAGAUAUUAUUUCGGGCGGCGAAGCCGCAACGGGUGCAGAGAAUUUCUACGGCCUCAUUGCCAGUGGUGACGAUUGUGUUGUCAACGAGUGUAUACAAUACGAUGUACUAGUGUAUGCCAUAUUUGCAACAGGAGCUGACCUGCAGGUUGAUAUCCUGGGAAACGUUGUUCUCGGCAUUGGUAGCUCUCGACGCACGCUGCGAGCACGCUUGGAACCGAGUCGAAGCCUAGAGGAAGUCGUCCAAAGAAGGUCGUUCCAAUCGACUAUUUUUCUUCCCGGCUUUUUAUCUGAUUCAAUUGCCUCUAUCUCGAUUCGUUGGAGCUGGUCUCUUCCGGUCCUGACUUUGGGAGCCUUUGUGCUCUCGGUUGCUCUUCGGUAGUCCACGAUGAAUACACAAACUUUGAACC